CAAAUAUCUCGGGUUGGGUUAAUUGAAUUGAACACAAACAAAAAAAAAAAAGUUCUCUCAUUUCCGUUUCCUUUCCCUCCUCGUUGGUACCUUUGGUUCCACCAAAACCUGCAAAAACUCUUCAUUUUCUCUCUUUUUGCUUUUCAUCACCGUUUAUUUCUUCAUGGUCACUUUGAUAAUGGAGCCGAGUAAAAAAGACUUGGUUAGAUUGGUGUUUUCAUGGUCACUUCAAGAUAUACUCAACGAUGAUCUUUUUCAUGACAAGGUGAGGCAAAUUCCAAAGACAUUCUCGUCAGGAGGUCACUACCUCGACUCCUUUAUUUCUCCUCUUAUUGAAGAAACUCGCACAGAGUUAUGCUCAAGCAUUAAAAUGGUGUCAAAAGCUCCAGCAUGGGAAAUAACUGAUUUUGAACUCUCCAACGAUUACGAUCCUCCACUUGAUUUGCUAUACAAGAUUGAAAUCAAAACAGGUGCAAAUAGUGACGGAGAUGGGGAUAUUUUUGAGCCUGAGACUGGACAGCUCAUUGCUUUGACUGAUAGGAGACCAACAUGUAUCGAUGAUUUAAAUACACCUGGAAAUUCCUAUAGUAUUGCUUCAAUAAAAAGGGUUAGAAAGAAGGAAUAUACUGAAGAUGUAUACGAGGCUAAAAUACUAGCCUCAAAGCCCAUUGAAUUAGAACAGUAUCGGCAAAAGGAUGACACAUACACAUAUGGUUUUGGUGUCUAUCUUUGCAACAUGACAACGUUUAUUCGUAUAUGGAAUGUACUAAACUCAGAUCCAGAUGGCCCAAGCAUCCAUAUCAUCAAGCAACUGCUCCAACCUGAUUCUGGUGUUGGAGAAAACUGUGCUCAAUGUUUCUCUAGUGAAAGACAUUCUAUUGAUACAUCAAGACUUGGUGCUGUCAUCCGUUCAUUUGAUUUGAAUGAUGCUCAGGAAGAGGGUGUGUUAAGUUGUAUAGCUGCAAGAGAAUGUUCUCAUAAGAAUACAGUGAAAUUGAUUUGGGGACCUCCAGGAACUGGGAAAACUAAAACGGCUAGUUCAUUAUUGUUUGCCCUUCUCAAAAGGAGAUGCAGAACACUUACGUGUGCCCCAACUAAUGUGGCAGUGCUGGAAUUGACAUCUCGGUUUAUAAGGCUAGUAAUGAAGUCCCUUGAUUAUCUCACUUAUGGUCUUGGAGACAUAGUAUUAUUUGGUAACAGAAAGCGGAUGAAGAUUGACAAUGAUGAUGAUCUUUUUGUUAUAUUUCUUGAUUACCGUGCAAAUAUUCUUUCCAAGUGCUUUGCACCUUUGUCUGGUUGGAAACAUCAUUUAGAACUCGUGACAUACUUACUUGAAAACCCUGAAAAACAGUAUCAUGAAUAUUUGAGUUCCGACGUAAAGAGGGAUUAUGAGGUAGACAACUAUGAUUGUUUGAAAGAAGAGAAGGAACUACUUGCUACUGCAGAUCAACAAGCAAAUCAGGAGAAAAAGGAUACCUAUUCCCAGGAUCGAAAUGUUUGUAAGCAAAAUGAGUGGAAGGGGAUAGUUAAUAAAACUUUAAGAGAAAACAGGUUGUGUUUUAAGGAGGGAAACAAAAGUAAAUAUGACAAACAAGAGAAGAAGGAUUUUCUUUAUUAUGAGAAUAGAAUAAAAAGAUUGACAUUUCAUGAGUUUGUCAAGAAAGAAUUCAAUUUCAUCAGGACGCAGAUGAGGACAUUCGCCGUGCAUAUGUGUACUCAUUUGCCAACUUCUUUUAUUUCGUUAAGAGUGGUGAAAAGUUUGUUUGAAUGCCUUGAUUGGCUCAAAGUCUUUGAAACGGUGUUAUCAAACAAUUCCAUUACUGAGCAAGGAUUUAAACUUGCCCUUGCUACAUCUUGUGACGAUGAAUGUAAAAUAAGUUCCUGUAAUUGGCAGUAUAAGCUGGGAAUGACCAGGAAAGAAUGCCUUAAAAGACUGAAAUCUCUUCGAGAUUUGUUGAUUCUUCCUGAUUUUUUCGAUGAAUAUUCAAUUAAAAGUUUUUGUUUCAAAACAUCUCGCAUGAUAUUUUGUACUGCUUCAAGUUCUUCUAGAUUGUACUCAGAAGGUCUUGAUAGACUAGAAAUGUUGGUUAUCGAUGAAGCUGCCCAACUGAAAGAAUGUGAAGCAAAUAUACCUCUACAACUUCCCGGUCUUCGCCAUGUUGUACUUAUUGGAGACGAGAAACAGUUGCCUGCACUAGUCAAAAGUGAGAUUUCUGAUAAGGCAGGAUUUGGGAGGAGUUUGUUUGAAAGGCUCGUUCUUUUGGGUCAUAAAAAACACCUUCUCAAUGUUCAGUAUCGAAUGCAUCCAUCUAUUAGCUUGUUUCCCAAUAUGCAAUUUUAUGACAAUCAACUUGUGGAUUCUCCAAGCGUCAAAGAGAAAAACUAUGAGAAGCAUUUUCUCAGUGCAGAUAUGUUUAAGUCCUUCUCUUUCAUAGAUGUUGCUUUUGGAGAGGAUGAAUUGGAUGAAGGGAGUAGCCGUAGAAAUAUGGUGGAAGUAGCUGUGGUAUCUGGGAUUGUUCUUAACCUUUAUAAAGAAUCAGUUUCCAGAAAACAGACUGUUAGCGUUGGUGUCAUAUCACCAUAUAAAGCCCAAGUUGUUGCAAUCCAAGAUACACUUGACAAAAGGUUUGGUGGUGAUGUCAAUGAUGGCUUUUCCGUGAAGGUUUCCACAGUUGAUGGUUUCCAAGGGGGUGAAGAGGAUGUGAUAAUAAUAUCUACUGUCAGACAUAACAGCAUGGGAGUCGUGGGAUUCAUUUCUAAUAUUCAAAGAACUAAUGUUUCUCUAACAAGAGCAAGGUAUUGCCUCUGGAUAAUAGGUAAUGGUGAAACUUUGAUGAAUAGUGGCUCCAUUUGGGAGGUAUUACUCUAUGAUGCGGUAGCUCGAGGGUGUUUUCAUAGUGCUGAUGAGGAUGAGAGGUUGUCUCAUGCUAUUGCAACUGCCAUGAUUGAGCUUGGUCAAGUUGGUGAUCUACUGAAUAUGAGUUCUCUGCUAUUUAGAAAAGCAACAUGGAAGGUUUGCUUUGAUCAAAGUUUUCUGAUCUCUAUGGCAAGAAUCAAGAGCACCGAGGAUUGCAAGAAAAUAUGUUCCCUGCUGAUGCAACUUUCAAGUGGGUGGCAUCAGCCUCACCGGGAGAUAAAUAUUGGAGUUGUAGAUGAUACUUCUUCCCAACUGUUAGGGCUGUGCAAGGUCAACGAGUUACUUUAUAUUGUAUGGACCAUUGACAUUCUUGAGGAAAAUUCAGAUUAUGUUCAGAUUUUGAAGCUUUGGGAUGUUUUGCCAUUAUCCGAGGUAUCCAAGAUGGUGAGGGAUAUUGACAUCUUUUGCAGGAGUUAUUCUGUUGAUAUUCAGAGAUGCUGCAAAAUCAGGUGUUCUAAUAGGGAUUUUGUGGUUCCAUUGAGAUGGCCGGCUAAUUUGAAUAAUCAAACCAAUCAUAAUCUGCCACAAGAUGAUCCAAUGCAGUUAAUAUGCAACCAAUUUGAUUCGCUCCAACUGAGGGAUGUUUAAAUUUGAAUGAAUUGAAAUAUUGGAUUUUGGGAUCAUAUACCAUACAGCUUUGGUUUGGAAAGCAAACCUAAAAUUUCAUGUUUUGAAAGGCAUCUGCUGCAACGGGAACCGCAAGGUCUGCCUAGUCUUGAUCAGUUUAUUGUAACAUUGCUUAGGACGAGGGAUUUGACUCCCUCUGAAGUGAAGGAUACACUUUACAGGGUAAAAUGUGGGGUUAUAAUUCAGCGAUUGAGAUUAAAUACAUGCACAUAUAUUACAAGUUAUGAAGCCAAAAUCUAUAUUGUUGAUCAUUGAUCAAUGGUUAAAGCUCUGCACUUAUCUCUUGGACCGCCAGUACUUUAAAGGAGCCAAUACUGGGUGACAGAAAUGUACCUAGAAUAAUUUCCUGGAGUUUGAAAUAGUACAUCCUGAGCCAAUCACAUAUUUUCCAUGACUUGGAUCCUCUAUAGUGUCGCCGUGCUCUUCUGUCACUUGUUGAAUCAAUUCAACAGUUAAGAGAUCAAAGCUGUAUGUUUUUAGGCACACAGACACCUAGUAUUCACAAACCACAUGUGUAUAUUUCGUCUAGAAGAAUUUACUGUAUAUACGCAUAAAGGCAGCAAUAUAUGAAGUAAAACAUUUGCCUUUUUUGGGUUUGCAUUGGUUCUAUAUAAAUUGGAUUUUCAUUCCUAGUUCAAUUUAAGAUUCCAUUUGGAUAUGACAAGGAAGAAGCAAAAAUAGUAUGAGAAACUUGGAUUUGCUUUGA